AUGGAGACGGCAAAGCAAGAAGGCUCAGUGUUCAACAGCUCCAAGUGCUCAAUCAAGAAAGAAGCUAUCAACUUCUUUGGCUCCAAGUGCACUAGAUCAGAUAUCUACUCAGAUCCUAGCAAGGUAGAAGCCAACACAUUACCCAACCUGAAAUGUGCAGUAUCAUCAGGUGCAUGCCUACAGUUCUAUGACCCAGAGAGAGAGGCCUGUCGAGAUGGAUACAUCAAUGAAAGAUCUAGGAGCAUGCCUUGCUUCAGGAUGUAUUGGUCGUAUAGAGAUAACAUCGGAUUAUCACAUGGAAUACUCUUCACGGGAAGUCAAGUCAUCGUACCGAAGUCACUGAGGAAUGAUAUCCUUGGACAGCUUCACCUAGGACACAUGGGAAUCGAAAUCCAAGUUGAAGUAUACUCGUCUACGACUUAUUUCUCAUUCGUCAAAAGAAUCGAAAGGUUCAUCAUUCGUAUCCAUUCUCCAUCUCACUAUUAUCUACAGACUCAUCUCUGUCAUCAGUUGGUUUCCUACUUAUUGGCUGAUCAGUUGGAUAAUCGCAUAUCCCCAUCGCUUCGCAACAAACAUUACCUGUCUUUUUAUUAUUUUCUGCAUCAUCAAUUCUGGCUUUUAUCUGCGAUCCUGGAAUCUCCGGAGAAGAUUUCUUCCACUAAGAGGUUUUGCCGUGGGUGGUUCCCGAUGGAGAGUAAACUGUAUCCGUCUUCAUGCCCUUUAUACCUUAUGAUUAUCGUCGUCGUCAUCUCGAUCGGUCCACACUGCGUCAUCGCCGACUUCCAAUGCAUCCGAUCACAGUGUUUUAAUGGUGCACCUACCUUCGAAAAUGCCUUACGACUCAAGAUGGACACGGUUGAAUCUGCGCUUCGUCAGUGCUUCCCAUCGUUUAGCUUCACGCCAGGCGUGAGCGACGCUCAAAUCGCCGACGCCAUUGGUCACCUCAGGAAAUGCAACCGGCAUGCAGCGACCAACCUGUCUAGAUUGGUACAGUCAUAUCACACAGACUUAGUCUCUGGCUGGCAGAGUUGCUGCAACACCCAAUUUUUAGGCAGAAGACGGCGACGACGAAGCCAGGUUGUUGACGGCGACGCUGAAAUUAUUUUGCAGGAGGGUCGUGAAAAGAGGAGAGCGAGCCUCUUCAGACGGCUUGCAGACCUGGUGGCGAGUCAGUCACGAAGAUUGCUUGAUGAUUGAACAAUAUAAAGAUGGACUAGAACGAUUAAACCUUGUCGUAUUGUGAUUGUGAAUAUUUUUUUUUUGAAAGGAGAGGCCAUACCACACUGCAAAAACUCCGGUGUUGAUUUAACACCAGCCCGGAAUCUAUAUAUUAUGUCCACACCAGAGAAGUAUUGAAACAACACCAGUUUGGAAUCAAACCGAUGCUGUUUUAAUACUAAUUGGUGUUGUAUAAACACCUUUCUGGUGUUAGACCAAAACGAAACUGGUGUUGUUUAAUACUUCUCUGGUGUGGACAUAUAGAUUCCGGUCUGGUGUUAAAUCAACACCGGAGUUUUUGCAGUGCAUAGAUACACUAUACAUUUUGUGUUGAACUGUGAUUGUUUACAAAUUAAAUUUUCAGGUUUUUGUCGAUAUUUUUCCGUCUUUGGUUUCAACAUAAAACCUUGAUGCUAAUGUCAAUGAAACCUAGUUCUACAUGCUUUUCCUUGUGUCGAUCAGGCAGGCCGCCAUUUUGGUCACAAAAAAGCCACGAGAUCCAUCACUGAGCAUCUUUGUAUAUUUUGUUUCCUUGAUAGUUAGACUUGCCAUUGAAGUUUAAUGCACAACAGGCAAAGUUUUCUGCUCAGCGUAGCUUAAUAAUGAUAUGUCUAACUAAAAACAAGACCAUGCAUCAUUAUUGUGAUUUUGAUUACUGAUGCUUGGUUCACAGAAGGGAUUUUACGUAGUAUUCAAGCCUCUCCCCUUCCCUAUAAAAAGGGAAAUGAUGAUCAUGUGCAAUUCAGACUUGAUAACGAGUCAAAACUGUUUCAAAGUAUAAAUUCAGCGAAAACACUUCAGGAUAGAAAAUGACAAAUUCCCCUCUAUUUCUCCACCCUGACACUACGCUGCUCUUGCUCAUCAAAUGAUACUCAAGAUGGUUUUCCAUACCAAUCACCAAAUCUCCUUGUUUUUUUUCUUCUCCAUUUUAAUGACUACUGAAUUAUGAUAUGUGAUAUAUAUAUAUAUAUAUAUAUAUAUAUAUAUAUAUUAAUAUAUAUAUAUAUAUAUAUAUAUAUAUAUAUAUAUAUAGCAAUGAACAAUGAUAUUCCUAAUGGAUGGAUGUCAAAAUAUUCAAAUACAUCUUUGCUUCAUACGAGAAUAGGUGAAAUCUCCAUUUUAUAUCACAUACUAAUGGGAAAUCGGUCACAAAUUGCCACCAAUAAAACCAGACAUGACAGAGGUGUGACAGAAACGAUUUGCAAAGAAACCAAACUCAAAUAAGAAUCUGCACCCCUUCUUAUCAAUGUCGCCGUCAUCCCAACGAAACCCACUCCACACCAACUAAUGUUAUACAAAUGAAUAUAAUGUACUAGUUUUUAAAUUAGUAAUUAGUAAUUCCGUUCAAUUAUGCGCAGAAGAUAUGGCUAAUUUCAAAACUUAUUUUAUCUCAUCCAUUCAGGCCUACACCUAGUGUUAUGAAGAUUGAUUAUCUGUUGUGUCAAAUUCCAAAUAGUUUUACUAUUAAAUGCUGUGCAGUCACAUCGACGAAACCGACUCAAGAUUGACCAAUGGAAUCACGUUAUUUCCAUUGACGUCAUCUUGGUAUCCGUUUCGUUGGUGCGACUAUAGCAUAAGUUAGAACACAUCGUGUUGACAUUUUGGUAGUUAGGUCUACAUCUUAUAGACAUCAUCACUGAUUAUAGCCUUUGAUAAUAAACUGUGUCAACUUAUUAUUAAAAUAACCUUUGAAUCAUUCAACUAUCGAUGCUUUAAAUAUAUUAGAUUGAACCCAACCUCCAUAACGCGACAUUUAUAAUAUUAAGUUUUCUUGUGCAUGCAUGGCGUCUCAUAGACUACUGACACUUUGUCUUUGCCAGCUGUCUUCGGAUAUCGAUUUCUUACUCUAAAUAAGUCUCAUUCAAAAUGAAGAAUCCAUUCAUAUUGUUCUACAUUAUGAUUAUAUUAGCACCCUAUUUCGUAGAAUAUUUAGACGCUUUUAUGCCCCAAGUUGUCUUGGAAAGCGUGAGAGAACAUAACAAUGUCGCAUGUACGUAAUGGGAUAUGUUAUAAAUCAAGGCGUGUUAGGCAUCAAAAGCAGACGAUUUGUGUCAAGCAAACUGACAAUCACAACAAAAUGUUGAUUCGGCUAUCUUGUCUUGCUUCAAUUACGGCGGAAAAAUGGAUUCGUUUUCACCAGAUUUAAAUCGGGGAGGAACAAAAUUGAUGAAUUUUCAUGUGCAUGCAUGCUCAUGAUAUUUUCAGUUUAGACAUGAUAUUCUGACAUUUGAAUAAUUAUGUCUGUUUCUGAUGUCCCGCCACGCCCACUCCCAAUCAGCUCCCCUGCUCAUUUGUUAUAGACAUUGGUGUAAUGUUCAUUGAAAUUAAUUCGUUGUAGUUUCUUUAAACGGUAGUGUCGUUAAUUCAAUAAAAAGGAUAACAAUAAUUAAAUUUAAAAGAGUGAUAUAUUAUAUACAAUGUGCUAUGUAUAUAUCAGGGAUAUAAUGUA